GAGACUCAGGCCACAGGCGAUGGCCGUCGACUACGUGACCGACAAGCUGUACUUUGUCGACAGGAGCUCGGGGGCGCUGGGUGUGAUCGACUUGAAGAGUCCCAAGAACUUUGGCCUCGUCUUCUCGGAUCUCGAGGAGCCCCACGAUCUGGUGCUCGACCCCGCGGAGGGCCUCAUGUUUGUCGUGCUGUUUUACAGAUCGAUAAUGAAAGCCAACAUGGACGGCAGUUCGCUGAGGACAGUAGUAGAGAGCCCGAAAGUGUCGGCGAUCGCGAUAGACCGGAAAGCCACGCGGAUCUACUGGGCCAACGACCAGACGAGCAUCGAGUCGUCGGAUUACGACGGCACCAACCGGCAGAUGGUCAUAGCGAUACCCAUGAGCGUCAUCAGCCUGACGACGACCGACAACCAGCUCUUCUGGACCAGGGCCGCCAACUGGUCGGACAUGUGCCCUUGCAGCAACGCCCUCUGGACGUGCGCGCUCUACCGGAGGACCUGUAACAACGUGACCUUCCACAAACUGCCCUUCGACUCGCCGAGGCUGCUAAGGACGUCUUUCGACCAGCGCCGGCACCUCGUGAAAAACCCAUGCGCCGGUGAGUCCAACGGCGGCUGCGAGCAGCUCUGCCUGAUGACGGCCGAGGGUAGCCACGGGUGCGCCUGCAACGUCGGCUGGACCCUCAACGCCGAUGGCAAAACCUGCUCCGGCGUCAGUAAGCUCCUGGUCUACGCUCAGGGCGAGCACUUCAGGGCGAGGAUCCUGGGCAUGGAGAGAAACGAGUCCUUCGCCGCGGCGGUCGUGCCGACGAGGUUCCGCGUCGGUCGGAUGAACAAGAAGACCUCGGUGCACUUUGAUUACGACAUGGUCAGCGGGGAGCUGUACUUCAGCGACGACCUCAGCAUCUACAGGAUCAACUUGUUGAAGGAGCCCGCUGGCGAGGAGGAAGAAACGGAGGAACAGACGGUGGUGCUCAGCGUCAGCGAGGCGUACGCGAUCAAGGACGUAGUUUACGACUGGAGCAAGAAUGGAAUCUUGUACAUCAAGCAGUCCCAGGACGGAUCCAGCAACCACUCGCUCGUCAUGCACAGCUUCAAACUGGACGUCAAGGCAGAGAAGACGGUGCUCACGUCAAAGUUCAAAAAGGAGGCUUACAUCGACUGCCCGCACAACCUGGCGAUCCAGCCGAACCACGAGUACCUCUUCUUUUCGGAUUACAAUGGCGUGAAUGACAACUUGCGCCGCGUCAGCAGCAACGGCAAGGGCUUGAUACUCUGGAAGCCGUUCUACUCGAACGUCCAGCUGAUAUUCCUGGCGAUAGACUCCGAGCGCUCGAGGCUUUACUGGUCGACGAGCGUGAGCGCCUCGAUGAUCAAGAGCGCGAAUCUCGAGGGCUCCGAGGAGGAGACAGUCCAGGUGUUGAGCGUCGCUAAUCUGCUCUACGCGGGUGUCAAGGAUCAGUGGCUCUACGUGGGCAACCACACGGAGAUAUGGGCCGUGAAGCGUGACAACGGAGCCGACCCAGUCAGGCUCGUCAAGAGGAGACUGCAGCAGCAGAAAACGGGCAGGUACACCACGUACGAGUUCAUUCACGGGCUGAGAAUAUACAGCUUGGCCGCCCGAAAUGUGACUUAAGAGAGACGCUCUCUUUCUGCAGAGAUAAAAGGGAAGCCAUGUAAAAUGUACAAUCACGAGAAUAUUUUAUUCGACACAUCUUUUGUUUUAAGGAAAUUGCGUUUCU